UGCGCGACGGAUCCGGUCUACCACUGCCGCGCGGUCGUCCGCUACACGCGCGCCACCCUGCAAGUACACUCACAAUACUUGAACAGGCAAAACGGUUUUUCAGCGAUUGCGAUGCCCAUCGUCGACGGCUCUCACUAUUCCACCGACACCCCGGGCCGACUCUGUUGCAUGUGAUUUUCUGAACAAUAUUUUUCCCCCUCGAAUGUUGUUUACCUGAAUUAUUUUUAUUUCGCGUUUGAUUAAAACAUUGCAAUCAUCAGUUAACCCUGAGGAAUUGCAUUUGUUUAUUUUAUUUUUAGUUAUUCUAUUUGAGUGUACUUCCGAUUAUCAUAUAUAUUUUUUAACGUUACAAAUUCACUGAAGUUGAAACAUCCGGACAGAGGUAUGAAUGCAAAGCGAUGUAAUGGAAAACAAUGAUGACUUACGAAACAGACCUAUCAACAAUAUUAGAUGCAUUAGUUCCGUAGUAUGGAAAAACCUUGGAGACGUUCGCAAGAAUUGUGGACAUUGUCGUGCGAACGCAGUGCCUUCAGGAAUUAUCGUUGCCGACGAAGAGAAUAUGUUAUCGGUGUCAAUGCGAUCUGACCCCAUCCGAAUUGGAUACUUCAUUGGACGUAACGGAGUCCUAUUAUACAAGACUUUAUCUAUACAAAUCAAAACUUAAGACUUGACUAGCUGUUUCAAAUGAUGACUGAUAUCUGUGUUUGUGGUGAAAUCCUAGAUCCUAGUGUUACCCCGGAGGAGUAACCACAAACGCAAUGUAAUAUUUUAACUGGAUGAUAUUGAAACAGUUUCCAGAUGGACAAAGCAGUCAAUAUGACCCACGCUGACAACAAUACAGUCAGUAACUGGACGGCAGUGACGUCUACAGAGUUUAAGCCAGUCUUAUCGCCAUUCGAGCCCUGGCAAAUGGUCAUUAUUGUCACAGUCAUUGGAAUCUGCAUGGUACUCACCAUAACCGGCAACAUUUUAGUGUUGGUCUCAUUCAUCGUCGAUCGAACAAUAAGGCAACCGAGCAACUACUUCAUCGCAUCCUUAGCUGCCACCGAUAUGCUAAUCGGUACAGUAUCGAUGCCAUUCUAUUGUGUUUACAUACUACAGGGGUAUUGGGAUUUAGGACCAUUAUUAUGCGACUUAUGGCUGUCCGUUGAUUAUACAGUUUGUCUGGUUUCCCAGUACACUGUUCUCUUGAUCACCGUCGACCGGUUUUGUUCGGUAAAAAUAGCUGCAAAAUACAGGAGCUGGCGAACCAAAGACAAAGUUUUGUGGAUGGUAUCACUGACGUGGAUCAUACCAGCUUUGCUAUUUUUUACCAGCAUAUUUGGAUGGGAACACUUUGUAGGGUAUCGCGAUUUGUUACCGGGACAAUGUGCUGUACAAUUCCUCAAAGACCCGGUAUUUAAUACUGCUCUAAUCAUUGGUUAUUUCUAUACUACACUAAUUGUAUUGUUCGUACUCUACGGUGGAAUUUAUAAAGUAGCGUACGAAAUGCAGAAAAAGAGCGAAGCAAAACAGCGGAAAAUGCAAUCAAUGGUUGCACUGAGCGCAGGCACUGUAUCUGGGAUGGCUGGACAUGCAGCUGGUAUCGGCAUGUCCAAGACCCAGAGUACGUUGCUAGUGCAAGAAAAAUCAACACAAGCAUCUGCCAAUACAUCUGGUAUAGCAGCUUGCACUAAUGAUGGGAGUACAGGAACGAUUUGCGCCAAUAACGUAUCAGAAAAUAUAGAUGCUCGUGACAACCAUUCUGUACCAGCUAUGGACGAAAAAAACCCCACUGUAGUUAUGGUGGAUAAAGAAAGGUCAAGCAGUCCAGCAUUUGAAUCAGAUGAAGAAAGUACUACUGGAGACAAACAGAUCAAUUGGCCUAGGAAAAAAUCCGUCGCCGAACUUAUCGUUCAAUCAGCGUUAGUACAACGGUCCAACAGCGGUAUUCACCUAUCGCCAUCAGACAACUUGAUACCGUACGGAUCAGAGUCUCAAUCGACACACGUGCAAAUUAUAAGAUCAUAUUCUAACACAGCGGUUAAUUCUAACGGCAUACAUUCAUCACCACCUCCACCCACAACACCCGUAUCAUUGUAUCAGCAAACUGAUCGUUGCUCUUUGUUGGGACACCAGCAACCGAUGAUUAAAUCCGUUACGCGUAAUGGCCAUGUAGAUGCACUAGUCGGCAUGGACACUUCUGAACUAAACUUUAUGGACGAGAGCUCUAUUAUCAUAGGAUCACCUACUUGCGAAAGUCCUACUAGCAGUAGUUCUAUGAACGAUACUUCAUCAGCACAAUGUUCACCGGCACAUGGCGCGUACGCUACUUCAUCUUUGUUACAAGCGGCACUUAUUAGAGCUGCGGCUGCUCAACAGAUAAACCAGCAACAACAUCAGCAUUCGGGUGGAAACAAAGUAAACACCACCGUUAAACUAGACAAUAGGACAGGAGUUACCACUUCAAUUGUAACAGUCGAUGAUGGAUUACCGAUGGCUGACAAAUCGUCAUCUGAGACCACUAAGAGUGAUAAGAGAGAAGGUAGUUCCCGUGGUGAUUUUGUCCGAACAAUCGGCAAGAAACUAAAAGUUAAACGACCCAAGGUGGUUAAUCGUCAAAAGUCUAAAUCAGAAAAUAGAGCGCGUAAGGCAUUUCGAACUAUAUCGUUCAUACUCGGUGCAUUUGUGGCUUGCUGGACUCCAUAUCACAUAUUAGCCUUGAUCGAAGGUUUCUGUUCUAAACCACCUUGUACCAAUGAAAGACUUUUCCUGUUUUCAUAUUUUCUGUGCUAUGCCAAUAGCCCUAUUAACCCAUUUUGCUAUGCGUUGGCCAACCAUCAAUUCAAAAAAACAUUGACCAGAUUAAUGAAAGGCGACUUCCAUAUAUCGUAAAAAUCCUACUUCCAAUUAUAGAAAUUAAAAAAACAAUUUCCCGAUAUUUUUGUGUACUUAUAAUUUGUUCUACCACUUAUAUAUUAAUAUCUACUCAAGCGUUUCCUAAAAUAAAACAUAGUUUGCAUACAAUAAAGUGGCAAUUAUUCUUGUUUUAUUCAUACAAACUGCUUUAAGUGUUUAACUAUGAUUAACCAUUCUACCAAUUGAUAACUAUUAUAAAUAAGAAUUGUACAUAAAUACUUAACUCAUUUUUAAUUGUGUUUCAUGCUAAUAGAAUAAAAUUAACUCAUGUAAAUAAAUAAGUCAUAGUUGUUUUACUGUUUCGCUUGUAAUUAAUAUAAGUGUUCAUAUCAGAAACCAUUGGUUUAGUAUAUGUAGAAUAUUGUUUAAGAUGUAAAUUUUUAAUAGGUCAUAAUUUUUCUCUUUUGAUAAAUGUUUGUAAAUAUUUUGUUAUUGAAAACAGGGUAACAUCAAUACUGUACUUUAUAACUUGUAAUAAUCUUGAAUACUUUUUUUAUAAUACUUGUUUAAAUGUAAGAACAAUGUGAUAUCCAGUAAUUUUUAGAUAAGCAUCGCGACAAUAUUUUACGAACUUAAUGAAUUUCUUUUAUGAUUUCAAACUUCUGAUAAACUUUUCAUUCAAUUUUUUAUUUUAAUAAAAAAACGAAUCCGGUUCACGGAUUAAUUGAGCCCUAAUCCGUAAAUGGCAUUCGUUUCUAUUUUUAUUUAUUUAGUUUAAAGAAAAGUGAAAUGAGCAAAAAAACCUUUUUAUGGGACAAUAGGUAUACAUAAAUAUUGCAUAGACAAUUAGUUUAUAAGAUUUUAUAGUGUGUAUAUAAAGUCGUAACCGUAAAUUAAAAAUUAUUUAACUUAUAUAGGUGUUCAGCAAGUUAAAAAAAAAGAUUUUUAUUGUUCUCAUUGUUUGUAACAAUUGGCCUGUUUUCUGACUUUUUGAACACUUUAUAUACUCUAUAUGUUAUAUAUUUAUGCAUAUAAAUUAAUCAAUAAAAUACA